AGCGAUCUUGUAGGGAUCCGUGCAUGUGAGUUUAGUUCUGGGAGGAAGCUUUUCUCGGUAUCUACUCUAAUCAGAAAAAGAGGCACUCAAUGGCUUCUAGACUACCCAGAAAAUUUUAAAGAGCGAUGAUUUUAAUGAAACACUCAUUCAAGAAUAAGAGUUUCAGAUUUAUGCCAUCAAAUGAAACAUUUGUUUGUGAACUUCAGACAACUGGUAAGGACUCAAGAUUUCAACAGAUGAAACUUCAGCAACUCUUUCGUCACCCCACACCCCACCCAACCCAACACCUAGCUGAAGGAGCUAGAAUGGAGAACAAGGAGAAUGGUUCAGUGGACACAAAAAAGUUCCAAAAUGAGCUACUCAGUUGGCAAGGUAGAGUCCACUUGGUAGAGAAUGGACAGCUACCUGAUCCAGCAGAAUGGGCUGUUUUAGAUGUUGUUAAUUAUUUUAAAGCAGUUGGAUUUGAGGAGCAAGCAAAUGCAUUCCAAGACCAGAUGCUUAUUGUGUGGCGAUUGAUUACUUGGAGAAAGAAAACGGAAGAAGAAGAAUUGGGGGAAAUUGAUGGAAAGUCUUUGCUGCUAAUGACAAGAAACGAUGUCUUGACUGGACUUUCACUAAAGCUUGGCCCAGCCCUAAAAAUAUAUGAGUAUCAUGUAAAGCCUCUUCAAACACAGCAUUUGAAAAACAAUACUUCAUAGCAGUGCAACUGGAAUGCAAGAAUGCAUAAAGCAUUUAGUCUGCAUCUCUUGUGAAGAAAUACAAGCAAAUGCCAAUAAGAAAAAGACAAUCAGAGAAGGUGGAAAUAGCAACCCAUUGACUCCUCAUCUGCAGAGAAGCCAUUCUGUUUACUGGACUGUUUUACACAUUCUUUUUAACUUGAAGCAGUGGAGUGUUUGUCUUUCUUUAGUUGCCUCAUUACCAAACCUUGAAGGCACUAUAUUAAUUGCUGAAUAUUAUGUCUACAUUCAAGUAAUACAAAGUAUGUGUAAAAACUGUACAUAGGCAAUCCUUCUUAUGUCUAAAGAUGAAACAAUAUGAAUGUGAAGUGUAAGAGAAAUUGAUUAUUUCUGUUUACCUUUUACGUUUUUCAGAGUAAAGUGGGAAACAGGAAUGUAUUUUUUUGUCCAAAAUGCUGUAAGAUUUGCUUAAUACCUGAAAACCCAAUGUACAUUUAACUCUGUUGGGUUGCUUUUAAAAAUAGUGAUCCUAUUUUUGUGAAUGGCAAGAAGUAAUCUUGCAGCAGAUAGCGUAGCAAGUCUUUGAAAGAUGAUGUUCUGUAAUGAUUUUAACGUUCAGACUAGAACAGAUCAGUCUUGCUGCUGUGUAUUUAGGGUAUUUUUCCAGUGAUUUGUUAUAAAAAUACUGUUUAUAUAAAAAAAAAAAGUUUUUCAAAAUGUAAAAAUCUAUAUUAAUCAUGGAGGUUUAGAACAAGAACAAAGAAAAACUGUUUUAUACAAUGAUUUUCCAAAAUAGUAGUUAUUAGAUAGGCUAUUUAAAUUUAAAGCUGGACGUUUUUGACUAGCAUAUUUAUUUUCUGCUUUAAAGCCUGCAAUAUUGUGUCCCUUAUGCAGUAUUUGUGUUAUAUUUUGUAAAUAGGGAUCGAUUCUAAUUUAAAAGCGGUGUCAGUGCAUUGUGAUAUUGAUCAACAGUCAUAAGUAUUUAUUUUUCACAUUUUAUUAACAACCAUGGUGCUUUUGCUGUUUAACUAAAGGAUUAUUGUGAUUCUGAAUGAUUAUGUUUAGUUUACAUUUUAGUUUAUUUACUGUAUACCUGGAUUGUACUGAAAAGCCCAGGAAUUAGGAAAAGAAAGGAGAUAAAUAUGCAGGUAAUUAAUUACAUGGUGCUUUUUCUGACACAGUUCAGGCAUCUGUCAAUAACUCCCUUCCAAGGGCUUUAAACGUUAACAUUACUUAGUUUCUGCUUUAGUUAUCGAAGAUUCAUUACUGUAAAGUGCUCUAAGUUUUUCUUCACAAUUUGCACUAAUAUAGGUGACUUGUACAUAACCAUUGUCUUUCGUUUCCUUUAGAAACUAUUGUAACAAUUCAUUUUGGUAAGAUUUGAUACAAAGGGAGGCUAAGACAUUAACUGCCACAAUGAAAGACUUUCAAAAUAUUGUGCACUGCAUAUUGAAAACAUGAAAAACCACAGAAGAAUUUAAUCUUGAUAAUCUUGAUAUAUUAAUGGCAUACAAUUGACAGGGUCAAGAACGCAGGACAUUUUUGUGGUUGUAGACAGGAAUAUCAGACUAGUUUAAGCUUUAAGGUUUUAGUUCUUUUACAUUUUAUUUCACUCAAGUGUAUUGAUAACCAACCAUAGAUCAUGAGAUAAAGACAACAUGAAGCACACAGAAUGACAGGCUUCAUACAGAGCUGGUUCACCAGUCUGUCAAUUUAUUAAGGGGUGUGUGUGUGUGUGUGUGUGUGUGUAUGUUGGUACAACUAAACAUUUCUAAUUCUAAAUACUGUUUUGUUUGCCAGAUUUGUAUUUUGUGCUGAUGGAGUUUUGUUCCAAUGCAAAUUGUGCAUAUCAUUUCCAUAUGACUUAUACACUAGAGUUUUUUUUUUAUUUUUGUUUGCCUGUCAGUUAUUUAUCACACAGGUAGCUGUGAAUAGUUCCAUUUUGCUAGAGAACUAAUCAACAGCACUGCUGCACAAAACACUCCACCUAUGUUUUUAACACUUUUAGGAACCAAAGACACGCAUUUUUAGACAAUUAAACCUAAUUGGUUUUAUUAUAAGUUUGAAAUGCCAUGUAGCUGCUGCUCUGAGCUUUGAAAUAAAGUAGUACAGCGACUGUUGGAA